GAAGAGAGCGUUCCGGUGACGCUUCACUCUCUCUCUCUCUCUCUUGCUCUCACCCGUCUAAAGUUCUCUAAAAUUCUCGUUAACUUCAGCGAUUGAUGAAGUAUGGGGAGUGAAAAGAUUGAGUUAAAUGGGUCACCGCUGGUGCUUGAUGGGCAAGGUCAAUAUGUUACCCUUCAAAAGGACAAGAAGAGUAUCUGCCGUGCAAGUUGUUCUGAUUUUCCGUUUAAAGUCCCUACCUGCUGGACAAUAUGUGAAUUCAGACCAAGUUCUAUGUAUAGAGAGUCGACUCUACCUCGAUAUCAAUUAUACCCUCAGCCGGAAAAUCUUCACGAGAAGAAUGAGUGGCCGAACUUCAUGACUUAUCUUUGGAAGAGAGCUAAGGUUGCAGUUGUGAAGUUGAGGUGUUGCAGCUUUUACUUACUUGCACCAGAUCCGGAGUUUACUCAUGUUAUUGCUUUGUGCAAGAGAAAGACCCCGCUUGCACCUGUUGACCAAGAAAUGUCAGAUAACAACUGGGAGCAUUCUGGGAGCAACUUAGCAGAAGAUCACGGUAGGAAUUAUUGCAAAAAUGUACGAUUUUCUGGGAUUAACGGAGCAUCUGCAAUGCUGGGGGAUGAUGUCCUUGGAAGAUGUUUUGUAAGGACAGAUCCUAGUUAUCUGAGAACUCUUAGUCAGACUCAUGCAGCAUGGGCAUUUGGAGCAAUAGCUGAGCUUAUUGACAAUUCCAGAGAUGCUGAUGCAACUAGAUUGGGCAUAUCGGUUGAGUACUUAUAUUCAAAGAAAGUUGGUGAAAAGAUUCCUGUUUUGUCUGUGGUUGAUGAUGGUACUGGCAUGUCUCACCAGGAUAUCAUGAGAAUGCUUUCUUUUGGCCACAAGCAGCCAGAUGAAGAAACGCCGGAUAGGAUUGGAAGAUUUGGAAUUGGAUUUAAGACUGGGGCAAUGAAACUUGGAAAAGAUGUCCUCGUUCUUUCACAAACAACAGGAUCAAGAUCUGUCGCCUUUUUGUCUCAAUCUUACAAUGAGGACAAAGAAAAUCUAGAGAUUCCAAUUAUUGCAUAUCGCAAAUUAGGGGCUUUUAUGGAGGUUGAUUUGAGUAUACAGUCUGAGGCAUCUGCAAAUUUGAAGUUGAAUGCUAUCAAGGAGUUUUCCCCUUUCAAUGAGUAUUUACUAGGGGAACGGUUAGGGCUUUUUGGAGAGAUGGCAACUGGAACACAAAUCUACAUAUGGAACUUAGAUAAGUGGAGUUCUGAUUAUUCUCUUCAGUGGGAAGAUAGUGAAAGCAUGGUCGAGGAUGGUGUGCGCGGCGACAUACUAAUUCGUUCUAGGAGAAUAAGAUCACGUCCUGGACAAAUAAGCCAAGAGGUACCACUGGAUUAUUCACUUCAAGCUUAUCUGGAAGUUAUUUUCCUUGAUCCAAGGAUGAAGAUAAUUGUCCAAGGCUCAUCGGUGAAAAGUCGACCACUGGCAAAAUCCCUCAAUAAGACUUCUGUAGUGAGAGGCACUAUAAUGGGUAAAGAUAUUCACUUAACACUAGGCAGAAGUCAGAUUGAAUGGGAACGAAUGAAUGGUGGAGUAUUCUUGUAUUGGCAUGGUCGACUAAUUGAGGCUUACAAGAGAGUUGGAAGUAUGAUACAUAAUGCAGACGUUGGGCGUGGAGUUUUAGGGGUUGUAGAUGUUUCAGCUUUAAUGGAUGAUAAUAAAGGUAAUGUAUGGGUACUUAACAACAAACAAGGUUUUCAGGAUUGUGAAGCAUAUGCUAAACUUGAAGAGUGGUUGGGAAGCAAAAUAGAUGAAUAUUUGGAUGAGAAUUUUGACAAAGUUGACUUGAAAAGGGGCGGUGAAAAGUGUAAGCCUGAUCAUGAGUGGGUUCAGUGUGACAAAUGCCGUAAGUGGCGGAUACUGAGCACUGGUUUUGACAUUGACAGUUUGCCUCCUGAAUGGUUUUGUUAUAUGCCACCAUUUAAUGGCGCAUGUGACGAUCCUGAGCAACAAACUGCACGAGGGGUAAUAACAAUAGCAGCAAAAAGAUCUCGUUAUGACCUCAAGCGGCUGCUUAAAAAUGAGGAAGUCUCACCAAAGGCUAAGAGCAUCUCACCAAUCAUGAAACAAAGACACAAGCAAUCUGAUGGUCAAAGCCCACAAACACUGAAGCAAGCCUGUGAUGAUGAGGGUGGAGACAAUUCUACAGAAACAGAGGAUUCUGUCUGGCACCCUGAGUUGGAAAAGCCUAGAAGAGGUAAAAGGAGUAAGAGCACCUACAAGAAGUUCUAAGGUACUA